AUGGGCCGACCACCUCGUGAUCAUCCAAUGCCCAUCCAGCAGCAAGCACCAGCCAACAUUCUUGAUCGCCGAGCAGCAGCAGAAGCCGAACCUGACGACUAUCUCCCAACAUACGAAUACAAUGCGCCAGCGGGGCACGCACUUCCUCGGCCUGGAUGGGGCGAAGCUCUCGAGCGCCCAUCACCCUCUCCUCCAGGACAGGCGGAGAUCGCACAAUUUCUCCCCCUUUGUCCCAGAACCCGCAGUGCCACAACCUAG